AUGAAGGGUGUCGCAUUCCGAAAGCUGUCGAGGACAUCGUCGCAUCGCAACCACUUGCUUCGAAACCUCGUCUCGUCGCUCAUCCAGCAUGAACGCAUCUCCACCACUGUCGCAAAGGCCAAAGAAGCCGCUCGCGAGGCGGAGAAGAUCAUCACGCUUGGCAAAAAGGGCACAGUGCAGGCCGGAUACGGCGCACGAGGCUACCUCUACACACAGCAAGAGACGUUGCCCAAGCUGGAGGAGCUCGCACAAAGAUAUGCCAAUCGUCCCGGUGGCUACACACGCAUCCACCUCCACGGCAACCGCAAAGGCGACCAUGCCCCUCGUGCCAUUCUCGAGCUCGUCGAUAACCCUUUCGACCUGCGCAUGCAGAUGACAGCACGCACGCUUGCCAAGGAGGUCUACGACCGUAUCGCCAAGCGCGGCGGAGACGACAUCUUGACCGGGAGGCAGUUUGAUAUCUCCACCAUGGAGCAGGAUGAGCGAUUCAACCCCAUCACACGCAAGAACAUUACAAAAGUAGUACAGUACGGCGGAAUGGAGGCGAGGGAAAAGCUGGUGGCCAUGGCACAGGAACAUCUGUUGCGGCUCAAAGCGACGGUGGCUGUCGAGGGUCCUCGACGAAUCGACGAGGCAAAGAUGGAGAGUCUCGGUGACAACAAACCGCGCGGACGUCUUCUGACCAAGCCUGUUGCAGGAUCGAGGCCAUUGGCAGGACAGGAGGGUCAGUACCAGCCUACACCAUUACCAGGCAAGAAGCGAAACUCGGUCAUCCGUAUCGGAAAGGGCGCCUUCGCCAAGCGUCUCAAUUACCGCAAGGUCACCAUGCCCAACACGGCGUCAGCAUAG